AUGGACCGUCUCCUCCGAUCCGAGACAUGCUUUUUGCCUAUUGUCGCUACUUACCAACUUUCAUUAUCCCGAAUGCGUCUCUCAGCUCUUAUGCUAGUGUUAAUCGUGAUGAUAAUAGGGACAUUUUCAUCUUCCACUAACGCGGAUUGGAAUCGCAAGGUCUCCUCUACUACAAAAGAUCGUUUGAGUUUGGAUAAGAAGACAAAUGGAAUAACAAGAACUUUGCAAGAACUGGCAACUAUUAACAAGCCGGAGGUGGGUUCCGAGUCUUUUGCGUUAGUGGACAGCUACGACUGUAACAACGAUAUGGUGGCGAUCGUGAGAAAGUUUUUCAAGGCGAACGACGCUACGUUUAACAAGUGCAUCUCUGAUAGCGGAUACCAGAUCUAUCCGUACACAGGCACAUUACCUGACUCGAAAACCAUUGUGGGACUUGUCAACUCGAACGCCUGCAUGGGUAUCGUCACCGCCGUCGUUCUACUCAAUAUGCCUCCGUGUAUUUUGGAAAAAUUGGCCAUGCGAGCCGCAUGCGAGACAAUUCUUCAUUACUCGAUGGCGAUGAGAAAUGGUGCUGGACCUCCGACGGCAGAGCAGUUUAAAGAGGUAAUGACGUGGCGGCGAGAUGUGGAUCUCGCCAGAGCAGCUAAUAAACCAUUUGACGGCAGGUCGGAGACGUUUGCGGUCUUUACGCGAAAUUUGCGUAAGGCGAUCGUUUCGAGUAAAGUCGCCGUUAUGAAAAACUACACGGUUGUAUUAGACGAAGAUGAUGCCGACUUUAUGGAUGGAAAGCAGCUUUCGUUUGUUUCCACCAACUCCUCGAAAGAUUACUUCGUCGGUAGAGUCGUAGCUUCUGAACAAGCCAGCGACGACCUGCCGACCGUAGCAUCUACCGAGCUGAUAUUUCGUACACAAACUUCAGACUCCGUGACGGUAGCGACAGCUUCAAUGACAUUCGCUAUGACGCUAGCGCUCGCAGCGGCAUUUAUCUAG